AUGGCUCUGAAUAAUCCCAACCCACUGGGACCAUGGAAGAUCACAGUUUAUGACCAGGAGAACUUCCAGGGUAAGCGUCUGGAGUUUACCUCAGCGUGCCAGAACAUCAUGGAGUGUGGCGUGGACAACAUCCGCUCGCUGAAGGUGGAAUGUGGAGCCUGGGCAGGAUAUGAGCACUCCAGUUUCUGUGGACAGCAGUUUGUGUUGGAGAGAGGAGAAUAUCCUCACUGGGAGUCUUGGAGCGGCAGCAACGCCUACCACAUUGAGAGGAUGAUGUCCUUCCGCCCCAUCUGCUCUGCUCACCACAAGGAGUCCAAGAUGGUGCUGUUUGAGAAGGAGAACUUCAUGGGACGCCAGUGGGAGGUGAACGAUGACUACCCAUCUCUGCAGGCCAUGGGCUGGGGCAACAACGAGAUUGGAUCCAUGCAAAUUCAGAGCGGCGCCUGGGUGUGCUACCAGUUUCCAGGUUACCGUGGUUACCAGUACAUCAUGGAGUGCGAUCGUCAUGGUGGCGAGUACAAACAUUACAGAGAGUGGGGCUCCCAUGCUCAGUCCUUCCAGGUGCAGUCGGUGCGUCGAAUCCAGCAAUGAGACCUGCUGCCUCCUCUUCCCCCCCAACCACUCGCUCUUUACCUCCUCCACCACCUCUUCCUCUUUCUCUUCCUCCCUUCACCCAGUCAUUCCAGCACUUUCUGGUGCUUUACCAUCAAGAUGUAAACAGCACUUUUGUUUUGUUCUGUUGCCAAAUGAAAAUGAUAAGAAAAGAAUUAGGAAAGCCACCCAAGAGAAGCUCCUGACUGACGCCCCUCUGAGGAGAGAAGACGUGGGAAUUAAAGCCCUCGUGGCGGCAGCAGGGUGGUGAUGUCACUCAGAUGACAGAGAUGAGUAAACAUGGUGCAACCAGUGAUCAACAAAGAAAGAAUUGGCAACUUGAAAUAAACAGAAAUACAAUACUCUGCUGCUAAACUCCA